AUGUGGUCCUGGCACAAACUCAGGUUGAUAGAUGGAGUGACUGGAGAGGUCUUUAUGCAUAGCAGAGGCCUAAGCGACAUGUUCCAGCCCUGUGGUGUCGCUAGGGUUAUGGAUACUGUCGAUGAUGAUCAGCCAUUGACUGCAUCCGCGGUCACUGAAAAAAAUACCGCCCAGUUUGGUCUGUCAAAGACAAAAGUGGAGAGACGGUGGAUCGACGCCAGCAGAUCGUGGAGCCCACGACUCCUUGCCCUGGGACUGGGGCCGGAGCUGUCAUUAAGCCAUGCCACAGCGCAGAGGCCAGGUAAGCUGCAAGAAUCAAUUAUCUCCGAGUCUGUCCUUCCCACAGUGCCUGCAAAUGGCCUGUCCUACACAGGGGCAGGGAUGAGCAGAGUAAGGGAUGCAGAGGGCUGUCAUACUUUCUCCCCUAUCGAUACUUCCAUAAAUCUCAAAAUGAUUGAUUCAUUCCUGGAUAAGCACUUGACCUUGCGGAAAAUCGCGUCUCUAUCUACAGCCCGUGAGGAGACUCGACGGAUAGGCCAUCAAUUUUGUCAAACAAUGCUGAUUGAUCAGAGGAAAGCAGCAUUUGGUGCUGCGCGUUCGGCUCUGGUAACCCUCACUCGUCGCCACCGCACUGAUAGUUCCACGCAGAGCCAUAUCCAUUGGUCGAUCAGUACGCCUGCAUUCUGGGUUGGCCGAAGUGGAGUGUGCGUCAAGAUCUCCUACCAGCCAUCAGGAGUUGGUGUUCAUGAAUUGGUGGUAAAUAUGGAGUAUUCAUCGCCUGAGUUUGACUGUAUGGAGACGAGGCAGCCGGUUGCCUUCUACCCAGAGAGCCAGCGUCUGGACAGGGUACUGUUCGCACUUCUGCAGUCAGACGGAGUACUCCGUACAGGCACCUCCAUUCAGAAUCCGCAAACUGACUGUGUGCAGGUCGAGACGAAGAAUGAGUCAAUUGUAUGCAAGUACUUUUGGCAAGUGGACUCACCGUGGCCUUGCUCGGCUACUGGUGUGCUGACCACCUUGAGUACUCGGAAUCUGUCAGAAUAUUCUGAAUCUUCCGGGACGAUGGAUCAGACAGAGGAAUUCCGGCUUGUUUACUAUGGCACUGACCAGUUGUCGCGAGAGUGA